AUGGGGCGGAACUGGUGCAUUCCUGCCAAUAUUCUGCAGGCUUUUCCCAGUCUUACUAAUUUGAUUUCUCUAGUUCAAAUUCCUGAGACUGACAUGGAGGACAACAUCGUUUGGAAAGAUUCUAGCAAUGGUGAGCUUAGCUUGCAGCAGGCUUAUGAUAGGUUCCAAAAGCACAGUCCUGAUAUUCCUUGGAAGAAUUUAAUUUGGAACAAGCAUGUGCCGCCCUCUCAUGCUAUUGUGUUUCCAGGCACCAUAAGCAAUAUAAAGGACUGCUUUGUUCUGAUGCUGGUAGCUAGAUCCCCGCAGGCAGCAGCAGUUGUGAUCUCCAUGGUCUGCAGUAUCUUUUAUCAUGUGUGGAGGGCUAGAAAUUCAAAUAGAUUUGAUGGGAAAAGAAUGCAUUGGAAGACUUCUAUCACUCAAAUUAUGGCUAGAGCCAAGUGGGUAGGCGAUAAUAUGGGAAACCCUUCGGACAAUAAUAUCACAAGCUUUUCAAUUUUGAAAGGGAUGCAAAUUAAUAUAAAUCCUAGAAGACCCUCUUCUUUAUUGGAAAUUCUUUGGUGUCCUCCCCAUUUGGGAUGGGUUAAAGUUAAUAUAGACGGUGUAGCUCAUGGUAAUCCGGUUACUAUGGCUUGUGGUGGAAUGUUUAGAGAUAACAAAGCUAUUCAUUUAGGAAGUCUUUAUGAUUAUAUGGGGGAAGGAAACUCUGAAUUGGCUGAGCUUUGGGCAACCAUGAUUGCUAUUGAAAAAGCAGUUAGUUUGGGAUGGAGGAAGCUUUGGAUGGAAACUGGUUGUUUGCUUGUGGUGAAAGCCUUCACUGAUCCGGCUCUUGUUCCUCGGAGAAUCAGAUCUCGUUGGCUCCGUUGUCAUACUUUUUCUCAAAGUAUAGAUUUCAUGAUCUCGCAUAUUUAUCGGGAAGCCAAUUUUUGUGUUGAUUAUCUGGCAAAUAUUGGGCAUAAUAGUAGAUCUUUUUGUUGGUUUAAUUUUGUUCAUCCUAUAGUUGUAAAGGAUUACCUUUUAGACAAGGAUGAUACCCCUAGGCUUAGGCUCGUUCAUUAA